UCAGUUAGGGUUCACAUAGUCCGCUGUGAAUCUAUGUGGCCUCCUCGUCUGGCCCCUCAUUCUCCGACGUUAGGGUUCAGGGUUUAUAGUUGGACUCUGAGUCUAAUUCCACAAUCUCAUCGCUCGACGCUCAACCAGCACCCACGAUCGAUUUCGAGCUCUGGUAGAGAAAGGAGUAUGUGACGGACGCCACAGUGUUAAGGCCUCUAAGCAGCCGAGUCGACAUGGAUCCGAAUGUUUUGUUCAGCGGGUUGCGAUUCGACCAGAAGAAGUUCUCUGCGGAAGUUCAGCGCUUCAAGAGAAAACCGGGUGAACUCAGCGUCGGCGAGAAAGAAGAUCGUAGUAAGUUGGGGGUUUCUGACGAGAACCAGUCGAAUAAUGGUGACAGACCUGAAAUCAAAACCCCUGACGCCAAAAGCUCUAAUGGGCGUCCGUCGAAGAAGAGGAAGGGCGCCGUCAGUAGCGAAGCAGCAUCUGCGUUCAACAUUUUCCGAGCUCCAGGUUCGCUGGUUUCUGAGGUCGCCUCUGUGUCUGGCCAAGACUCCGUCCAAGAAGAGGAUACGAGUGCAAGACUGGCGGAAGCGAUUAGCGUUUUGAGGAAACGUUGCAGGCUUCAUGUGUCUGGCCAAAAUAUACCACAGCCUCUGACGAGUUUCGAAGACUUGAAAUCACAUGUUUGGGGCGAACGAUUGACCUUGACAUAGAACCGGAUAUCGCUGCAAGAAGUACAUUCGAAACAACAUCACUUCAUCGGGGUACACAGAACCCACACCUAUUCAACGCCAAGCUGUACCUACACUUCUUGCGAGACGGGAAUGCUUGGCGUGCGCUCAAACUGGGUCUGGAAAAACCCUUUCUUUUAUCCUUCCUAUAUUGAUGAAUCUGAAGAAGCACAGUGAAGAUGGAAUUCGUGCCGUAGUGCUGUGUCCAAUCAGGGAACUCGCCACCCAAACUGCUCGAGAGUUCAGGAAGAUGACAAAGGGCAGCAAAAUAAGAGUGCGGGCUCUAACUCGGUCAAUGUGUUUGGAUCCCAAUAUUAAAGAUCUUCCGAUCGACGUGCUGGUAUCCACCCCUCUAAGGCUGGAGAAAUUAUUGAAGCACAAAAAGCUGAGCCUAGACAAGGUGGAGUAUCUCGUUAUGGAUGAGUCGGAUAAGCUUUUCGAGAUGGGGUUCGUGAAGCAAAUAGAUACAAUCGUCGAGGCGUGUUCAAGUCCAAGAGUUGUACGAGCUCUCUUCAGCGCCACUCUUCCUGACAGCGUGGAGGAACUUGCCAGGACUAUUAUGGUCGAUCCAGUACGAAUCACAGUAGGAGAGAAAAAUUCCGCAGCCUCGACUGUAGACCAAAGACUAGUUUAUGUCGGGAGUGAAGAUGGGAAAUUUCUUGCUUUGAAACAACUUUUUAGAGAGAGCUUAAAGCCUCCAAUUCUCUUGUUCGUGGAGUCUAAGGAGAAGGCGAAAGAAUUGCACCGGGAUCUUGCUAUCGACGGCGUGAGCGUCGACAGCAUACACGCAGGUCGCUCUCAGUAUCAGCGAGAUGCUGCCGUGGAGAAAUUUCGGGAGGGAAAGACAUGGAUCUUGAUUGCAACCGAUCUCAUGGCCAGGGGAAUGGACUUCAAGGGCGUAAACUGCGUUAUAAACUAUGACUUUCCCAAAACCAUAGCUACAUACAUUCAUAGGAUUGGAAGAACUGGAAGAGCCGGGAGAAGAGGCGAGGCCAUCACCUUCCAUACUGAGAAAGACCGCACCCUUCUCCGUUCUAUAGCCAACGUCAUCAAAUCUUCCGGAGGCGAGGUUCCGAACUGGAUGAUUAAUCUUCCAAGAAACAUGAAGAAAAUCUUCAAUCGGAGGACAUCUUCGAGGAAGUCAAAGGAGGAUGGGCAUAUGGAGGAUUGAGUUUCCCUGGAUCGUCCAAGGACACUGAAAAUGAGAAGUUAAGUGUGAAAAUGGCGUGCAUGCUGUAUUGAAUAAUUACUGCAACCAGACUUGGAGUCACAUUUUGACACUUGUUAUAGAGAAUAUGAGAAAAUAAAUACUCGAAAGAAUAAAAAUACCAGUUUCUGAAUAUACCUGCUCCAUUAUGAAAUGUCUGAUAGUCCACUUGAAUACCAAUUAAGUUAGGAAAAAUUGGUGAAAUGUAUCUAAGCAUCAACCUUGUAAAAAAGAACGAAACGCAACAGUGUUCUCGCAAAUGAACAUGUAUACUUUCCUG